AUGGAUCGGAGUCUCGACGAGAUCAUCGCUGAAGAUACACCUUACACACAAGACCGUGUCGAUCUAAACCUCGACUGGGUGCACGAUAAGUACGAAGAUGACCGAGAGGCUCGCCCAUCUCGUGGACCUCGCCGCGGUCGCCGUUCCACAUCGCCCGAUCGUGGCCCUGCCUUGACCAAGGUCCGCGUUGACAACCUUCAUUACGACAUUACAGAGAGUGAUCUGGAGGAUCUCUUUAGUAAAAUCGGCCCUGUCUCCGCCCUGUCCCUCAACUAUGACCGCGCUGGACGCUCUGAGGGCGUUGCUUUCAUCACAUACACCCACCUGCGAGAUGCCCACGAAUCUCUCCGCGAAUUCGAUGGCGCCAACGCCAAGGGUCAGCCCAUUCGUCUCACCCUUGUCCCCGGCCGCCGGGAACGCAACGCCAACACCCUAUUCGACCGUAUCGAGCGCCCUGGCCGUGACGCUCGCAGUAUGAGCCCUGCCAGCGACGCCGAGGACGGAUCCCGACGUCGUCGCGAUGGAGGUCGUGCGCGCCGCAGUGAUGUUACCAAGCCCGCCCCCGAACAUAUCGACCGGUACGUUCCUGGCAAACGCUCGCCGACUCGUCGGAACGGGGGUGGUCGUCGUGCCGGUGGGCGCGACAACCGUGCUCGCAAUGCGGAGGACGGCGGUGGACGUCGUAAUGCGAACGGUCGCCCGCGCAAGACCCAGGAGGAGCUGGACCAGGAGAUGGAUGACUACUGGGGCAACAACAACGCCGGUGCCGAGGCUACGGACAAGCCAGCCAGUCAACCUGCCGACCAGGCUGUGCCGGCCGCUGCGGCUUCUGCUGUGGCACCUGCAGCUGCAGACGACGACAUCGACAUGAUCGAGUGA